UUCAGAUCCUCUGUACAAGGCUCCCUAUUCCAUGACUGUGAUAACCUGCUCGAAGCUGCCAAGCCCUUGCGUCAUCUACAUUCCACUGACAGUUUGAUAUCGGUGAUAAAAAAAAGAACAAUACAUUGCGAAAGGAUGCGGAGGGGCGAAUUUGGGGAACUUGCCGGCUGCAUUUUUGCAGCGUUCUGAUGCUCGGAUGUAAUUGUAUUCCAUUCAUUGAAUCGACCUAAGUCUACCACCACUACCACCGCGUUGGACACUGUGUGUGUUUGCUUGCCCUAGAGGAACCGAUAUUGCAAACCGCUUGCCUUUCGCUCAAUCACUGACUGAACCUUUAAUAUUUUUUUCUUGCCGACUGACAUUUCAGUUCCGCAACUCGCCCUUUCUUUCCUCUAACCACUACCUGAGCAGAGGCGACAAUCACUUGCUGAUGCUGCACGACUGAACCAGCUGCAUUGACGCGUUGAACCAAGGGUGCAGAAUUGGCUCAACCAUGAAGUGGUCACGGAAGUCCACGGUGGCGACACUCUGCAUUUGUUGGCUACAAGUUGUACUGCAAGCGGCGGCCACCGAAACCGGCCCCAAUGUUAUAAACGGAACGAUCAGUGGGAAUAUAUUCCUGGCAGCGCCGGUUACUGGCACUUCUGAGCAGAUUCAGACAGUGGAAUGGAAGUAUUCCGACGGCUCAGCUUCGCACUAUGUCGGCAAGUUGAUAUUGGAUGCAGGCAAUUCGAGCACAUCUCUCUUCCACUACUCGCACCGGGCUUACUUGUACCCGAACGGUUCGCUCUCCCUCAGAAAUGUGCAGAUGAACGAUUCUGGGACAUAUUCUUGCACCGUCGCGAAUCAGAAUGGAGAAGAGUUCACCCAGAGCACCAAAGUGAACGUGAUCAGAAGUGUUGGUUUUGGGAGAAUAGAGACACCAGUGGAUGAAAAGAGUCCAGAUGCAGAGUUCAAUUUAACCCACCAUGUCAACAACAAAGGUUACACUUCAGCAAAUUGUGCUUACCUAGGUGUACUCAUUGGAAUAGCAGUAGGACUGCUGAUCAUUAUAAGUAUAUCAAUAUGGGCGGUUGUGCGGUCUUGCAGGUCAAGAAGGCAAGUCCUGAUUAAGGGUCUCGAUCCGAAACGUCGAUUGUCCAUUUCCCUCCAUAGAUGCUGCCUGACCUGCUGCGUUCCUUCAGCAUUUUGUAUAAAAGAAACAAGGCUGCACAAUCAUAUGGAAUCAAAAGAAGUACGAAUGAUGACAUCUAUGAAAAAAUGGGGAAGGUGCCAGAAUAAGUGUGAAUAUGUAGGCCUGGAAGUUCAUCUGUGAAAUUAGCAAACAAAUGACAUUGUGCAGGUGAAAAUGAUUUUAGAGUGUAUAAACUGGUUUUGUGCACAUUUCUGUGUGAGUUAAUGCCAUUGGCUAUAAGGUGGGUACAAAAUGAUGUGAGAUUUUCUUGUAAACUAGCUAUGUUUUUUCAGGCAUUCAGGUUGCCCGUAUAACAUCAAACAUAAUGCAAUGCUCAAAAUUUGUUUCUGGUGUGAUUUAAACCGUAUUAGUCUGAAUCAUAUCAGGCUGUGUUUGCUCACAGAAAGCCCAGCUUCUAAUAAUACUGAAGGCUCAAACUCAGUGUAACUUAAGUGGUCAGACACAUCGCUCCUGCAAUAUUAAGCAAAGUGCUGCACUUAAAUGGUUUGACCCAAAUUGGGAUGCCGGUCACUAUCCCAAGGUGGUUUCAGCUAAAUCUCCCUCAAAUUGAGUGGCCAGAGAUGCCAGUAGAAACUCUACAGUAAGAGACACGACUUCAUGUUAUCAAAUUAGAAAUGGGUAAAAGAAUAGGAUUUCCCUGACUUUGACUUUAGGGGCUGUGCAAGCAUUUAUGUUUGCUGGACAACACACUCUCCCAAAGUCAGGGUAAGCUUCACUCUCAGAAACCUUGCCUCAGGAUCCUUCCUCACAUCUCUGCCGAGAUUUCUCCAUGUGACAUUACCCAGCUUACUGACGCAUUGCAGAAGUGCAGAUUGCUUCUGCAAGCAAAUUGGGAAUCUUCCAUUUUUAAUAAAUGCAACUUUUGUGUUCAGAGGGCAUUCAUGUCUCUUUGGCACCUUUCACCCAUAAGUUCCCCUUGCACAAGGAGGCUGCCUCCUGUGCACACUAUUCUUCUGAAGCUUGUGUCUCUAUUUUGUCCCCCCGGAGGACUCUGAAAUCCCAUUCCGAUCAUUGUAUCACGCACUCAUUCCUUGCCUGGCCUCCCCUAUAACAGGCAAUGUUUUUGAAACUUUGACGAAAUUGCUAGUGCUAUCUUAAUGGCAGGAAAAUGGUGCAGUUGAAUUUCUAGGCCAGAAAUCAUUAGAAAAAUGUAAUGAAGUCAGUUAUGUCAACAUAAUCAAUUUUGCUUUAAUCAAGCCUUCAAUAAGGGGCUAUCUACACACUCUUGUCACACUUGGGAUUACGUGCCACAGAUGGGCUAUAAUCCAAGUUGGGAAUGAGAUAUUGCAGGUCCCAGCCAUAAUCUGGGAAACCAGAGAGUAUUUGUUUGGGCAGUGCUUCCAAGCCUUACCUCUUAUAAAGGAGCAGCAGAGCUCAGGAUUACAUGGGGAGGACAACUAACCCUGGAACCAAGGCUGCAUCUACUAGCCUGGUCUGGCAGCCUGAAGAGCAUGUGCGUGGGUGUUGGCACCCACUGACCAUAUGAAGCUUGUGGCUUUAUAAUGAACUUGUAAAAUUCACCAUGGAGUAUGCAGUGUCCAGCAAUGAUUUGUAUCCUCAAAUAAUUGUCAAGAAUUCCGUCUAAAGAAUUUCAAUGCCUUAAUAUGUAACUUGACCUUAUCACAUAGAGUAUUUCUGUCUUCUUGAAAAAAAAAUGGCUUGUAUAUUCAGUACCCAAAUUCUGACCAAAAUGACUUUUGGAAACUUAGAAUUUUACAGUGCAGAAGUAAAUCAUAUGGUCUGUCAUGUACUUGCUAGCUUUCCAAGAAAAAAAGCUACUCAUUUCCACCUACCUACUUCAAAAGAUAGUUCCUAUUUCUUUCAAAAACUAAUGUGUAUUUUGCUCUUUUUCUCUAGCACAUGUAAGGCAAACAAAUUCCUAAUAACUUUACAUAUAUGAAAAAGCACAGCUUCUCUCUUGAUCCUCUAGUUACUGACUCACCAACUGGAGUUAAUCAUUUUUUUCUUAUUUACACCAUCAGAAUUUUAAAUGCCCAGCAGAGCACCUCUUUACCUGCUUUCUGUUAAUU